CUACGCCUCCUAUAUCUUUUGGUAUUGGCUCCUCAUAAAUCAAUUUUUUUAUUUUAAAAAUCUGGUUUUUCAAAUUAGAAAGAGCAAAAGUAGUAGGUAGCCACCACGAGCGAGGAGCAGCACACAGCGAGAUGGAGGAGAAAAGAGUAGUCAACUCAAGGUUCAAAAGGGUCUGUGUCUUUUGUGGAAGCAGUACUGGCAAGAGAGAUUGUUAUAGGGAGGCUGCUCUUGAACUAGCCCAAGAACUGGUUUCAAGGAGAUUAGAUCUCGUUUAUGGAGGAGGAAGUGUUGGGUUGAUGGGCUUAGUUUCUCAGGAGGUCCAUCGCGGUGGAGGACAUGUACUGGGAAUCAUCCCGAAAACUCUGAUGAGCAAAGAGAUAACUGGAGAAACAGUCGGAGAGGUCAGACCAGUAGCCGACAUGCACCAAAGGAAAGCUGAGAUGGCCCGCCAUUCUGACUGUUUUAUUGCCUUACCAGUAGGUGGGUAUGGAACUUUGGAGGAAUUAUUGGAAGUCAUUACAUGGGCCCAGCUUGGCAUCCACGACAAGCCAGUAAAGCAACUUCAUGUGGGCUUGCUUAAUGUUGACGGCUACUACAAUCUUCUUCUCACCUUCAUAGACAAGGCUGUGGACGAUGGCUUCAUUCAGCCUUCUCAACGUAGCAUUAUUGUCUCUGCCCCAAAUGUCAAAGAGCUUGUUCAGAAACUCGAGCAGGACUACGUGCCCCUGCAUGAUGGAGUUGUUGCUAAGGCUAAGUGGGAGGCUGAGCAACUGGAGCUCAAUGCAUCUUUGCAGACUGAAGUUGCUCGUUGAUUAGGGACCAUAUAACAAGAUCUCGUUUUCCUUCUUUCUUUCUAGGAUUUUCUUGAAAAAAUAAUUACAGAACUAGGGUUUUUUCUCCUUUUCAAUUUUGUGUAUUGGUGUAGAAAGGAAAAGGGGGAUUAAUCUGCAAGGGAAAAAAGAAAAGAAAAAGAAAGAAAAAGGAAGGAUAAGUGGUUGGUGACUGUUUAGCUUUUAGUUGAUGUAUGGAAGGAAAAUGGCAAAAUGUUAUUUUCUUUCUGAUGAAUUUUAUAUUUAAUUUGUGUAAAGAAAAGGAAAGAAGAAAACAAGUAGGAAAAACAAAAAAUAGCAGCUUUUAUUCCCUCUUGCA